AGCUGGUGAGGGAGCUUAACACUUGCCCCCUUCCCCACUAACAAGCCAAGGGUGUGCAGAGGCCCCCGGCACCCAGCCCUAGUAACUAUCGAGAAGCAGGUCCGCUCUUCCUCGCGUGGAGCAGAGCCUUCUGGAGCUCUCUCGAUACUUGUUAAGGGGUGUCCUCAGACCCCAGUUCUUGAGGAUUGUGAGAAUAACCUUUACUGCCUACUCCCUCCUGCUGCUGCGGAAAGUCUUCUGCCAGGCAGAGCAGCCAGCCCUUCCCCAGACCAGGUAGUAGCGGGAGUACACCGAAGAAGUCCUGUAUGCUCGGGAGAGGCAGUUCCCAAGACAGAAAUAAGCAGGAGCUCUCCAGAUACUUGCCUAGUAAUUUUAAUUAUUUACAUCUGCUUAGCAGGUGAUAGAGCAAAGCAAGGGAGAGAGACCAGAGAGAGAUUUAGCUAUUCUUUCCUUUUCCUGUUGUUGUUAACUAGAGAUAAAGGUAAUUUCCAAUACUGGUCUCAUUCUCCUUCACCCCAAGGAAGAUCCCUCAUCCUCUAAUCCCAAGAGGGUUUUCUUCAAAUACCCCGUGCUAGGAGCGAAGACACACCUCCUAGUUACAGGGAGAGGGAAAGGCAGAUUUCACUGAUAAUAUCCACAGCGAUAGCAAGAAUUGUUUUAGAGCAAAAAAUUCCCCCCCCCCUUACAGGCAAGGUGUACCUAGAGAAAAGAUAUUUCUAGGUAGACAGUUUGGGGAAAUUGAUUUCUGAAAGAAUUUGACUGUUAGUGAAAAGGCUGUUUCCCAGGGGAACACCUCUUUAGUAGUUAGCUGCCAGAAGGGAGAGAGAAUCUCCAUCCCGAGAUAAAACAAUCAGUUUUAGGGGACUGACAAUCCCAAGUAGAUUGUUUUAAUACUCAAGAUCCUGGUUUCAUCCACGAUCCUUUCGCCCUCGAAAUAUUUUUUGAAGAAGCCCUUGGAAUAGUUGACGACAACGGUCUGAGUAUGGGUCUCAGAGAAGGAGUGUGAAGGGCAGCACCCCAGCAACCAGCACUGAAGAUAAUCCUCCUCCCUCCAGAAAAUCUCCAGACAGAAUAUUCCUGCUUCCAAACACCAUGGCCUCUGACCUGGAAAGCAGCCUCACUUCCAUAGACUGGCUCCCACAGCUUACUUUAAGGGCUACUAUUGAAAAAUUAGGAGGUUCCUCACAAGCAGGACCUCCAGGGUCUGCCCGAAAGUGUCCCCCAGGCUCACCAACAGAUCCCAAUGCCACACUGAGUAAGGAUGAGGCAGCAGUGCACCAAGAUGGAAAGCCACGUUACAGCUAUGCCACUUUGAUCACAUAUGCCAUCAACUCAUCACCUGCCAAGAAGAUGACGCUUAGUGAGAUCUACCGUUGGAUCUGUGACAACUUUCCCUACUACAAAAAUGCUGGUAUUGGUUGGAAGAACUCUAUUCGUCAUAACCUCUCUCUGAAUAAAUGUUUUCGAAAGGUGCCUCGACCAAGAGAUGAUCCUGGGAAGGGCUCUUAUUGGACAAUAGAUACGUGUCCAGAUAUAUCUCGCAAGAGGCGGCAUCCUCCAGAUGAUGACAUACCACAAGACUCCCCAGAGCAAGAGGCAAGUAAAAGCCCCCGAGGGGCUGUUCCAGUCAGCACAGAAGCCUCUUUGCCACCUGAGGCCACCCCUCAGAUGUCGAUCCAGAGCACCACCCCCAUUGCUAACUACAGUCAGCAGGGUGCAGGGCCUGUGGAUGUUGCCUCUACUGUAGCAGGGGGGCAGGGCCGUGAAGGGGCCGAUGUGCCACCCCCGCUGUACAGUGCCAACCAUGACUUCAAGUUCUCCUACUCCGAGAUCAACUUCCAGGAUCUUAGCUGGUCCUUCCGAAAUCUCUACAAAUCCAUGCUGGAGAAAUCAUCUUCCUCUCAGCACGGUUUCUCUUCCCUCCUUGGUGACAUGCAGCCCUCCAACCACAAUUACUACAUGUACCAGCAGCAGCAGCAGCAAGGCCCCUCCUCAGUGGGUGCUGCUCCCCCACUCCACACUCCAACCCCAGAGGGUUGCCCAUCCCAAGGAGGAAAGCAGCAGGGUGGUGAAGGUUAUGGCCCUCCACCAGUGAUGUCCAUGCACCCGCCCCCGAUGCAGCAUGGAGGUUACCACCAGCAUCAACAACAUCACCCGCACUCCCACCCACAGCAGCAGCCACACCAGCAGCAGCAGCAGUCACAGGCUUCAAUCAACAAUGCUGGCUUUGCAUUUCCCCCUGAUUGGUGCUCCAACAUUGAUUCCCUGAAGGAAAGCUUCAAGAUGGUAAACCGGCUGAACUGGUCUAGCAUUGAGCACUCUCAAUUCUCAGAGCUCAUGGAGAGUCUGCGCCAGGCUGAGCGGAAGAACUGGACGCUGGAUCAACACCAUAUUGCCAACCUCUGUGACUCCCUUAAUCAUUUCCUUACCCAGACUGGUCAGCUCCCUCAUCUGAUUGGCCCACAGCAGCCCCCUCGAAUCUCUGAUUCUUGUGCCCUGAACAGUGGCAAACAGGAACAAUCCAUGAACCAAGUAAACUCCUAUGGUCAGCCCCAGCCUCCCCAUCUCUUCUCCGGGCCAUCUCCUAUGUACCAGAUUUCCACCCAGGACUCUCCGGGAUAUAAUCGCCCAGCUCAUCAUCUGGUCCCUCGGCCUCCAGUGCCUCCUCCAGGCGCCAAUGAGGAAAUCCCUGAUGAUUUCGACUGGGACUUGAUCACCUAGCGAGUUACAGACUUGAUAGCCCGUCCUUUAUGAAGGACGUGGGAGGGGAGGGGGACAUGGGGUCAUUGGUGUCAGCACCACCCUCCCCAGCCUCCCUGCCUUGCCUGUAUAUAGAUAUAUAUUCUCUAUCUCCGCCAGAGAAGCCACCGCAAGAUGCUGCCGAAGAUAAUCCUUCCUUGCGUCCUGUUUUAUCUUCUUUUCUUCUUUUGUUUAUUAUUAUUAUUGUUAUUAUUAUUAUUAUUACCAAUAAUUGAGCACAGCCCUCCCCCUCCCCCGGUGGCCUCGGACGCAUCAGAUCGGCUCUUUCAUGUUGCGCAGUGCCCAGUGGAGGGCGGGAAGAUGGGUCCUUGGUGCCAUGAAAAGACCUUGGAAGGCUGAAUCCUCGAGUGCAUCUUUCUCUGCCUCCGUUAUUUUGCGUUUAACAAUCCCUCUUUCCCUUCAAGGUGGCCGGUGAAUCUGUCGUAUUGGCUACUGGAGUGAGAGAGCCUAGUGGACCCUGGGAGCCUGUAGUUAUGUUGUUUCGUUAAUGUUGUAAAGGUCAGGGGGCUGAAGGGACACUGGAGGGGUGAUCUUAGCUCUGUGAACUUUGUCUCACCAGCAGGAACAGCAAGAAAAGAAGUGGUGUUCCCAAGUACAAAGAGAGGGUAAUCCCUGAGGUAGGGAGAGCUGAGCUGAGCUGGGAGGGCCGACCUGAGUUUGGAGAAAGGAGAAUGUAGCAGAGAUGGUAUUUCAGCAGAGAAGUUGGGUUUCAGAAUGUGGUACCAUCUGUGAAGACUGAGAGAUUUUGGGGGAAUCCUGACCCAUUUCCUACACUGCCUUUUGCAGUCUCUAGGUGAAGCCUACAUACCCAUCAGGUGAAAGAAGCAGUCAGGGGUGUCAUAUGAUUCAGCAGAUUCUGUUCCCCAGAGCUUUUCAUUUCGCCCCACACCCCUUCGAGCCCUUUUUCAAAAUAUGUAGUGAGGCUUUCCCUUUUAUAUGCAAAUUUGGAAGUUUUCUCCCAUCAGUAUUUGUUCAAUUGUUAUUUGGUCCUCCACCCCUCAUAUUUCUUUGGGGGCUGUCCUUGCCUGAGUGCCAGCAGCAGGAAUGUGUAGGUGCAUGUCCUCCGUCAGUGGUUCCCCCUUGGUGAAUGGGCUCAAAGUGGGCAGAGGAAGCUGCUGUGCAGAGUGGGGCUGAAUUGGGGGCUGCUGGUCAAGGGCUGGACCCUCUGGUCAGGGACUGGGAGGCCCUCACAAGCAGUUUUUGUAAGAGGGGCAUUAGAGGAGAGAGGGUGAAGCGGGGCAGGGUUUUGAACUGACCAGCCAAAGAGUGUA